GGAAGGGUUGAAGCCCGAUGACGCGAAGGUGGCCAGCAUUCGUGAUUGGCCGCGUCCUCAGUCCGUGACUGAGAUGAGAUCAUUCUUAGGGAUGACAGGCUACUAUCGCAACUUCGUGGAGAACUAUAGCAUAGUUGCCGCCCCUUUGACUGAUCUGACCUGCCUUGACACCCCAUGGGAGUGGACUGAGAGAUGCGAGGCUGCUUUCAGACAUCUGAAGCAUGCGUUGACGCAUUACGAAGUCUUGAAACUUCCUGAUCCUGACAAGCCAUUCAUAGUGACUAUGGAUGCUAGCGAAUAUGGCAUAGGCGCCGUACUUGCACAACACGAGGGGAAGAAGUUGAGGCCUGUCGAGUACAUGUCCAAAAAGAUGCCUUCUCAGAAGUUGGCUAAGUCCACCUAUGAGAAAGAACUCUAUGCGGUGUACAAGGCUCUGACCCAUUGGAGACACUAUCUCCUUGGGAGGUUCUUCAUCCUCAGGACUGAUCAUCACACCCUGAGAUGGAUGAGAACUCAGCCAGUACUCUCCGACGCUCUCAAGCGUUGGAUCGAAGUCAUAGAGCAAUAUGACUUCGAGCCCCAGUACAUCAAGGGCGAGUACAACAAGGUUGCUGAUGCCUUGUCGCGUAGACCUGAUUUCUCAAGUGCGCUGAUCACUGAGUUUGGGCUUGAGGACAAUGUUACUCAGUCGUUGGUGGAAGCCUAUCGUGAGGAUCCGUUCAUUUCCGAGAUCAUCCGCAGACUCGAAGCGAAGGACAAAGUCUGUCAAAGGGACAAGCCCCGUACKCAGGCUCCUCUUGGGCUACUGAAGCCCCUUCCGAUUCCGGAACGGCCUGGUGAGAGUCUGUCCAUGGACUUCAUGGAUACUCUGAUCACCAGCAAGAGUGGGAUGCGACACAUCUUCGUCAUCGUGGAUAGAUUUAGUAAGUAUGCUAGGUUAGUAGCAAUGCCGAAAACAGCAAGGACGGAGUAUGUGAUCAGAAUGUUCAAGGAGAACUGGGUUAGGGACUUUGGGUUACCGAAGUCUAUUAUUAGUGACAGGGAUGUCCGAUUUACCAGCGAACUGUGGAAGGCCGCUGCUGCAGAACAGGGAACCCAGUUGCAAAUGACUUCUGGGAAUCACCCAGAGGCCAACGGCCAGGCCGAGCAACUGAACCGCGCUGUACAACACCUGUUGAGGCAUUACAUCAAGCCCAACCAGGUGGACGGGGAUAAGAAGCUUGCACUCAUCGCCAGUCUGUAUAACAAUGCGGUACACUGCCACCGCGGUACGUUAGAGUUUGCUUACCGCUAUGAACAGAAGAUGCAGCAGGCUGUAGAACAGAUGGAAAAGGCACAGACGGCUAUGAUAGAAUCUGCGAACAAACACCGCUGUGAGUCUUCAUUUCAGGUUGGGGACAGAGUCUGGGUUAAGUCCUCAGAACUGGGACAGGAGCACGGGAUCUCCCGCAAGCUCAUGCCACAGUACUUUGGACCUUGGGAAGUUUUAGACAUCGUUGGGACAGAUCCAGAUGGGCCAUCUUAUGUUAUCCGGAUCCCUGGUCAUCUUCGAACUUACCCUGUCUUUCACGUCUCCAAGCUUGCACCUUUCAAGGAAACAAAUGAGUUUCCUUCUCGUCGCUCAAUGCUGCCCCCAACCAUGGAUGGAGAAGUGGACAUCGAUGACAUCGUGGAUCACAGGGAGCUGCCAGCUCAGAGACCUGCAGGAAGGGGACGUCCUCCGAAACCGAAGCUGCAGUACCGCGUUCGGUUCAGACAUCAUACUGAUCCCAAGGAGGAUCGUUGGUUCACGAGGGAAGAACUCAUGCAGACCGCUCCUCAAGUUGUAGCUCAUUAUGAGAAAUCUCUGCAGAAGGGAAAGCGCCCGAUGGUUGAAGACUGAGCUUCUCAGAGGACUGUUGAAGCUAAGGAGGAGGGAAUGCGAGGCCUCUGCCUCUAUGAGCCCCUUUUUGG